AUGGGGAUCUAUUGUAGUCGAGCUGGGGUCAUGAAAAGAAUCAUAACAGAAUUGAAGAAUAACUUAAUGUAUGACCCUAAAGGAAAAGCACCAAUAGUUGAUAUACCAUCUGAUGCUGACAGUGGUGAUACUUCUAGUGGCUCUCAUUCUGAAGAUGAUGAAGGGACUUUAUCAGUUCAAGUGCUUACAGAGGAUGAUGGUAAUGAAACGGAAUGGGUAAAUCAGUAUGAGAAAGUUUGGGGAGCACAUGUAGAAGCUGCUGAAAGACUAACUGAAUUUGAUGAUGACACUGGUAAUACUGAGAAAUUUGUGGAUGUUGAUACCAUGUUUGUGGGGAUGGAGUUUAUGGAUAAGCAAGACUUUAAGAGGCACUUAAGGGCAUAUACAGUGAAGGAAAAGUUCCAGUACAGGUUGAAGCCUAAUGAUAAGGACAGGAUUAAAGUAAAUUGUAAGUAUAACAAGUCUCAGGGUUGUGAGUUUUUUAUAUAUGCAAGUGUUAGAUGUCAUGAACCUACCUUCAUAGUUAGAAAGUUCAACCUGGAGCAUACAUGUGUGACUGAAGGUGUAACAAAAAAUAGGACAGCAAAUGCAGAAUUUGUAGCUCAGUUUUUGUAUGAUAAGUUGAAGAAUGGAGACCCAAUGUCAAAUCCUUUAAGUUUACAAAACCAAUUCCACACUACUCAUAAUACCAGUGUUCCAUAUCAUGUGGCUUGGAGAUCUAGAACAAAGAUACUAGAAAGAGUAAAUGGCAGUUAUGAAGAGUCUUACAGAUUGGUUCUAUCAUUUUGUGAUAUGGUGGAGAAAACCAACCCUGGGUCUAUGACAAACUAUACAUAUGGAAGUGUUGAUGGAUGCUUUGAGUCUAUGACAAUUGCCUUUGCAGCACCACUGAAAGCAUUUCAUGCUGGUUGUAGAAAUGUGGUUGGGAUUGAUGCUUGUCAUUUCACUGGAAAGCAUGGUGGGUAUCUGAUGGCUGCAACUGCUUUGGAUGCAGAGAAUAGGGUACUGUCAUUGGCUAUAAUGGUUACCAGAAAUGAAACAGGCGGAAAGGGUUGUUAG